AUGGUGCUGUAUACCAGGUUUUUGUUGGCCGUGCUGGCGCAUUAUGCCAUGGCACAAUUUGUGCCCGCGCCCACUGACUUGAUCACUAAGAAAGGACAUGCCGGCAUCCAUGUGCGAUAUAAGGAAGUGCCUUCUGGGAUUUGCGAACAAGAUCCCAAUGUGAAGAGUUAUUCCGGUUACGCUGAUGUUGGUGAGGACGAGCAUAUUUUUUGGUGGUUCUUUGAGGCUAGAAAUGGAGACCCUGAAGAUGCACCACUUACAGUCUGGAUCAACGGAGGGCCGGGAUCAUCGUCUAUGAUUGGAUUAUUCCAGGAAUUAGGGCCUUGCGGAGUCGACCAGGAUGGAAACGUAUACAACAACCCUUAUUCUUGGAGCAAUGUGAGCAACAUGCUCUUCGUCGACCAGCCUGCAACGGUUGGGUUAUCAUAUACAACCCCCAUUCCAGCAUACGAGGAUAAUGACGGCAAUAUUGUCCAGCUGCCCAGCAAAGAGUGCCCCGAUUACGCUCAGGAGCUUGGAACAUGCGGCACAUACUCCAAACCAGACAUUGCCCUAGUUCCCAAUACAACUGCAAAUGCGGCCCCGAAUAUGUGGAAGACACUGCAAGGUUUCAUGGGGGCUUUCCCAGAGUACUCAAAAAAUGGCUUCAACUUCGCCACUGAAAGCUACGGAGGGCAUUAUGGGCCAAUAUUCAACGAGUACUUUGUCAAACAGAACGCCAAAAAGCCGCACGGCUCGAUUCGGAUCGAUCUCGAGAACGUCCUUAUUGGAAAUGGCUGGUUCGAUCCGCUGAUUCAAUACCAGGCAUUCUACAACUUCUCCAUAUUCCCCGGAAACACGUACGACUUCAACCCAUACAACGAAUCGGUCCAGGCCGAAUGGUACAAUAACCUUUACGGAGAAGGGAACUGCGUGGAUCGGACUCGGGAAUGUUAUGCGACCGGUCGAAACGAUAUUUGCUCUGCCGCGGAUGAAUUCUGCGCUUCGAAGGUUGAGUCGCUAUUUGACAUCUACUCUGGGCGCGACGAGUAUGACAUGCGAGAGUUGACACCCGAUCCGUUCCCGUACGCAUUCUACGUCGAGUAUCUCAACAGCCCUAAAGUCCAAACUGCUAUUGGAGCAUACCAGAACUUCUCAGAGUCUUCCGGGACUGUGAGCAGUGCCUUUGGAAACACAGGCGACGACGACCGCGAGUCUGGGACGAUAGAGAGUGUGAGGAAGUUGGUGGAAGCUGGAGUACAGGUAAUGCUGUAUUUCGGGGAUGCCGACUACAACUGCAAUUGGCUUGGUGGACAAGUUGUGGCCGAGGAAAUCAAUGCCCCAGGGUACGAACAUGCAGGCUUUGUGAACAUCACCACUUCGGAUGGAGUUGUUCAUGGACAGGUUCGUCAAAGUGACUUGUUUAGCUUUGUCCGAAUCUACGAGUCUGGUCACGAAGUGCCUUUUUACCAGCCAUUGGCUUCGUUGGAGAUGUUCAAGAGAGUGCUUUUGAGAAAGGAUAUUGCGACGGGCAAGGAAUAUUUGAAGCCACACGGCGGUUAUCGAACCCAUGGAACCCCUACAAGCGACUACCGAGAGGGAAAUAGUACGAUGGUUUUGAAAGUGCUUGAUAGCAAUACGACCUAUAACACCACUCUCAACGGGCCGAACCCAUCUGGCUCGGCUUCGGUCAGAUUACGCAGACAGGGCCACUGA